UCCAUACACUUGAUGAUAUAUUGUCUCUCAGUGACGGGCCGAGCUUCUAGCUGUGUGGACGCCUCUCCUCUCGUCUUGACACUUGAGAUGUCAGGUGGCCCUAUCUCACCAUUUUUGUACUCGCCCAUCACCGAACGACAUCACACUCGCUCGCGAAAUUCUUUUAGGUCUGUGGGAAGUGGUUAGUGAGAAUGAGUUUCACUGAGCUGGAGUAUGUGAGCCUGGCUCCAGAUGACCUGGACGACAUCUCUCACCUUCUGGUCAAUCAUUUCUACCUGCGAGACAUUAUGACCUUAGUUCUUGGUGUGAGCCCGGAAUCAAAGCUGGCUAUAGACCUCAAUCACAUCCGGACCUGUUUAGCAACUGGGCUGUCACUGGGCGCUAGAGACAAGUCAACAAAGCAGUUGGUUGGGGUGCUACUGAACUCCAUCCUCGCAUUUGACGCUACAGUAAUUCACACUCCUUCCAAGAGCAAUGAGACUGAGAUGAUGCAUACUCAUUUUCUUAGGCUACUAGGCCAAGUAGCGGAUCUAACAAAACAUCAUGGGGUGACCAAUAUCCUGCUUUCUACUCGAGGCUGCAUCCAUCCUGAUUAUGAACAUCGAGGUCUUUUUACGAAAUUAGUGCAGAUGAGUGUGAACAUUGGCAUCAAAGAGGGCUGCACACUGGCGUCGGCAGCAGCAAUCAACCCACAUAGCGAGAAAGCUUUUCUUCGUAUAGAUUACAAGGUCGGCAAAACACUUGACUUUAACACCGUGGAGGAAGUUCUGCUUGAUUUGUCCCACGUGAGCCACACGGUCCUCAAGGUCAUAACCAAAGUCCUCUCACCGAUCACCACAUCGUCAUAGUUGGGAAACAACAAGCAACAAUUGGUUUCUCAGUAUCUAAUACUUUGUUUCCUCUGUAAUGUUUGAGUGUAGAAGUUGUUUAAGAUCAGUAAUCAAACACAAACACAACACACACGCUAACACAUGUUGAUUGAUAACCGAGGAAGCGUUUACCUUCAUUUAAUACCCUGUUCACCUCACAGUAAAAGAGGAGUUAGAAUUGAUGUUGAGUGUAUCCUGGGGAUAGUCAGUAGUGGGCCUGGUAUAUAUGUGAGAGAAAAUAGGUCGAGAGUCCUCAUUUCCGGAGUUUAAAAAGGUCGGGAGUUAUAGUGUCGGCACUGGAGGCGUGACAUAGCCAGGUACUGCACACAUAGGUGCUAUUGUGUCAGCACUGGGGGUGCCACGUGACCAGGUACUGUACACAUAGGUGCUAUAAAUGUCAGCACUCGGGGGACGUCACGUAACCAGGUACUGCACAAGCAAAAUAAAAUUUUGUGCAGUGUGUGGUGCAUCUAAUAAUUCUGAUGUGUGUUUUAAACGCAUAAAGGAACAUAACCCAGUAAAAUAAAAAUACAUGAAUUGUGGCAUGAGCGGUGUUCAAGCUUGGCACCUUGACUGUGUCAAACGACCAAUUGUUUACCGUAGGGCACCUGGCCGCUCCCACCCUGGAGGAAGGUUGCCAGGUACUGCUGCAGGCUCUACUCCCUGUAGAUGCCAUCUGGACGUUGUAUUCGUAGCAGCUGGUUACCAAACACUUCAUCAUCUGCCAAACCACCAAGUGUACCAGGGAGCCAGACAUCAGGUUCCUGUUCAACCUGCUGCACGUCGAGUGCCAGGAACCUGCCACCCGGGGGUGUCGACUCGUCAAGUGCCGGUAACCUGCCACCCGGGGUUUCGACACGUCCAGUGCCAGAAACCUACCACCCAGGGGUGUCGACACAUCGAGUGCCAGAAACCUACCACCCGGGGGUGUCGACACAUCGAGUGCCUGAAACCUACCACCCGGGGGUGCCGACACCACACUCACCUUCUCCUCCACACCACCAUGAAGAGUGGUUGCCAAACGCUGCCACCAGCUCCACUCGCUGUACAGAGCUAUCUGGGGGUGAUGCUCGCUCCUGCUGGCCACCAAACUCGCCACCUGUUAAUUCCGAAGUGCACAAAGGGACCGCUGCCAGACCGGAGACUCUUGCCAACACCCCAGCUCCUCCACAAGCACCAGGUGCUGUAACGUUUGCCAGCGGUGGGCCUGCCCCUAAUGCAGAAUGACCACUCCCCGGUUCUGCCAGUGGCGGGCCUGCUCCUGAUGUAGAAUGGCCACUCCCUGGUUCUGGGACACUGCAUGUCACCUACUGUGGGGGAACCGCUCACAGCUGGACCGCACAGUCAAAUGGAAGUGGAGGAUAAGGAACAGGAUUAAGAUGAGAUGGAUCGCAACCUCAGCCUCCCUAGCAACUCGCUCUUGGGUCGCUCCACUGAUCCAGCAGCGACUGCCCUUUGUGAACUUUGGCAGGAACACCAGCAGCAGACGAAACGGCUGCAAGAGCAGCUGCAACAUUAUAAAAAAUCCACCAACGGUAUUGCAGAGCUGCUCAUGUGCGUGAGGUAACUU